AUGCGUUCUACACUUCGCGCAAACCGACGUCUUCCUUUGAAGUCUCUCCCUCGAUUUCUAUCUACCACUACCCCUUCAAGCGCUUCCAACCCUUCUGUGGCCUCCUCUUCACCCACGCCAAAGCAAACACCCAUAAGUUCGGUCCUGAUCGCUAACCGUGGCGAAAUUGCCAUUCGCAUUAACCGGACUGCUGAGCGCCUCGGUAUCCGGGCCACUACUGUUUAUACCGACAUUGAUGCUGGCUCUUGGCAUGCCUCUUCAGGAUUCCAAUCUUUGGGCUUGGGUCCCGCAAAUGCUUAUCUAGACGGCGAGAAGAUUAUCUCUCUAGCGAAGCAGAAUGGUAUCCAAGCACUCCAUCCUGGUUAUGGCUUUUUGUCUGAGAACUCCAAGUUCGCAGAACGCUGCGAGGAGGAGGGUAUUGUGUUUGUCGGACCGCCUGCUACUGCUAUGGCAGAUAUGGGACACAAGGCUCGCAGUAAAGAGAUCAUGACAGCUGCCAACGUGCCCUGUGUCCCAGGCUAUCACGGCGCAGACCAGGGCGAGCAAGAGCUCCUGGAGCACGCCAAGAAGAUCACAUUCCCUGUACUUCUCAAAAGUGUCCGAGGUGGUGGAGGCAAAGGAAUGCGUAUUGUGUUGGCCGAGGAAGAGUUCUUGACGCAGCUCAGGAGUGCUCGAGCUGAGGCCAAGGCUUCAUUUGGCGAAGGCGGCGAGGUGAUGCUAGUGGAGAAGUACAUCAUUCGCCCAAGACACGUUGAAGUACAGGUCUUCGCAGACAAAUGGGGCAACACAGUCGCCCUAGGUGAGCGAGAUUGCAGUAUUCAGCGUCGACACCAGAAGAUCCUUGAGGAAUCUCCAGCUCCUGAUCUGGACCUGGCAACCCGACAUGAUCUUUGGGACAAGGCCCGGAAAGCAGCUUCAGCGGUCGGUUAUGUCGGCGCUGGCACCGUUGAAUUUAUUCUCGACAAGGAUACCAACAAAUUCUACUUCAUGGAGAUGAACACCCGACUUCAGGUAGAACAUCCUGUCACUGAGAUGGUCACUGGCCUGGAUCUGGUAGAGUGGCAAUUCCGAGUUGCUGCAGGCGAAAAACUCCCUCUGUCUCAAGAGGAAGUGGAAACCCAGAUGAACGAGAGAGGUGCCGCCAUUGAAGCAAGAAUCUACGCUGAGAAUCCUGAAAAAGGGUUCAUUCCCGACUCAGGCAAGCUAGUGAGGGCUUAUCUCCCAGUCGAGCUGCAGAACGAGGACGUUCGUCUGGACUGGGGCUUCCGUUCUGGAAACACCAUUUCCGAGGCCUACGAUGGUAUGAUCGCCAAGCUUAUCGUACGAGGAGAUACAAGAGAACGUGCCAUUGCUAAGAUGGAGAGCGUUCUAAGGUCCUAUGAGAUCGUUGGUGUUGCUACAAAUAUCGAAUUCUUGAAGCGCCUUUGUGAGACUGACGCGUUUGUUGAGGGCGAUGUAGAGACCGGCUUUAUCGACAAAUGGCGAGAGCAGCUCUUCAAGCCUCGAGCUAUCAAAAACGGAGUCGUUGCGCAAGCAGCCCUUGGUAUGGUCAACUUCGAACUCCAAAACUCUGGGCCUCAUGGUCUUACACUUGGCUUUGGCGAGGCCAACAACAUCGGCGAACGAAAGCUUUCUUUCAAGAUCCAGGACGGAUACAGCCAAGAAGAAGGAGAAGUUGUCGAGGCCAGUGUGACGCAGGUAGCCCACAACCUAUACAAUGUUUCUAUCUCCCGAAAAGGCGAUGAAACACCUCAAGUGUUCACCAAUAUUGCCUGCAAGCCAGAGCCAGAAGGCGAGGUUAUGAAGCUUGAGUCAUACUUCCCACUCGAACGAAUUCAGUCUUCUGUUGUACCCCAACACACAGACAAUGAUACCAAGGUCACUGUCUUUCAGCAUGGCGUGAAGACGGAUCUUGUCCUACUGCCACCCAAGUGGUAUGAGAAGGCGCUUGGCCUCAAGGAAUCAAGCGCUUCAGUGGCAGCACCUAUGCCCUGUAAAAUCCUGAAGAACGAAGUUGAAGAGGGCCAAACGGUGCAAAAGGGUGCCCCUCUUGUAGUUAUCGAAUCAAUGAAGAUGGAGACUAUUAUCCGAUCACCGCAAGACGGUGUGAUCAAGAAGCUAGCACACAAAGCAGGAGAUAUUUGCAAAGCAGGUACAGUGCUUGUGAUGUUUGAAGAAGCCGAAGGAAAGGAUGGAGAUGCAUGA